CAACAAACGAUUGAUUCAAUUCUUAUCGUUAUGUCAAAACUAUUUUUUCGAACUAAAUCACUUCGGGAUGAAAAAAUGUUUAAACUGUGACGGGAUUUUUUAAAAUCUUAGAAAAUCGUUCAAGUAACAAUAAUGUCUUCUCACCUUGUAAAGCCAAAGAGCUGCCGUUGCUGUCUAGCAGUAGAGGAUGAAAUGUUCUACGUUUUCGAAGUGGCAAUCGAAUUUGGUAGCAUGAUCUCUGAGCUGAUAGUAAAUUGUGCUGGUGUUUCGAUUGCAGACAGCGACUACUACUCCAAGCUUAUUUGUGGAAAUUGUUUGAAAGAUCUUCACACUGCCACGCGAUUCCGCAGACGUUGCCUAGAAACGGAGCUUGUUUGGAAAAAUAGCAAAACAACUUACGAGAUGCAUGAAUCAAUAGUAAAAAUCGAGGAACCAAUAGUGAAAAUCGAAGAACUGUGCAGUACAGAGGAAGUGAUAUUUUCCGAUCAUUCAUCUAUUCAGCUAGCUGAUACCAAACAAAAAGCUGUUGAAACCAAUCGGAAUUCUGACAAUUCCGACAGCAUUCAAACUGUUCCCGUUAGAUGUAUGGAAAAGCAGCCAGUAAACAAUUCAUCACAUAUGCAUUCGAUAGCUAACGUGAAUUCGCUCCCCACAAUGAAUACGGAAGUGCCUGCCGUACUAGAAACACUUGGUUUGAAACAAGUGUGUGAUAACAAACUUCCUGCUUUGAAUGGUCAACAAAGUAAUUCAUUUGCGCCCCCUUUAAAAGAACAAAAUGAUAACACUUGUGCGGUCGUCAGUGCAAUAAUCUCUACCACAUACCAUACGGAAAAAGUAGGUGAUAUUAACAAACAUGAUUUGAAGGAAACGGAAUGUUCUAAAACAACACAUCUUUUCAAACAACAGAACCAUGAUCGAGCGCGGCUUUUCAAGUGUGACGUAUGUAAUCGAGAAUUUUAUACUGUCCACCAUAUGACGAAGCAUAAGCGAACCCACUUUGAUGAUCGGCCGCACAAAUGUAAGGUGUGUGGUAAAGGUUUUCUGGAGAAUAGUCACCUAGAAUACCACAAGCGAACGCACACCGGUGAACGACCGUAUAAAUGUGACCUUUGCGAAAAACAAUUCUUACGUAGUAGUCAUCUAACGCAGCACCGACGAAAGCAUACGGACGGCCAGAUUCACAAGUGUGACCUUUGCGGAAGAGGUUUUCCGGAUAGCAGUGCACUGGUGCGACAUAAGCGUAGCCACACGGACGUACGGCCGCACAAGUGUGAUUUUUGUGAUAAGCAAUUCCGUAGCAAUAGCUACCUGGUGCUACACAGGCGAAUCCAUACCGGGGAAAAACCACACGACUGCAAGGUGUGCGGUAAAGCUUUCAUCGAGAAAAGUCAACUAACGCAGCACGUGAGAAUUCACACUAGUGAGCGACCGCACAAGUGUGACAUAUGCGGUAAACGAUUCAUUCAGGGUGGACACUUGGCGCAACAUAAACGAAUUCAUCUGGUUGAGUGAGUGCUAGGCUGAAUGUUUACCAUUCGAAACAUAAAAAUAUGACAAUCAUUAUUUCGUCAAAGCCAAUUUUAACAUGUUGUAAAUAUUUGGGUAAAAUAUGAUGGACAAAACAAAAA